GUCACACAUUGAGUCAGUCAGUGGUAGACGUGGGAAUUGAACCACAACUGAAUUACAACGCCCUAGGACUAUAACCACUGAAGUUAUGUUGUUUAGAUACAUAGGAUCAGGUAUUUAGAGGUGUCUUACUGGAUAUUCUAACCUCCGAACACAAGUAACAUGUUUAUAUAAGGUUUUAUCUAUUUAUUUAUUUAUUUAUUUAUUUAUAAUCUAGCUUGAACCGGGGUAACCAGUUAAAAACUAACAACUAACAAGGAUUUACAAUAAGUUUUGAGGCUAUGACUGAGGUUUUUUGUAUAAUGUCAAAAUUGCACUGGGAUGUUAAACCGGUAAUGGGGGAUGGGGCUAAAAUUGGCCAAAAACGUGUUGUCUUUAAAAUCGUAUACGGCACGACACGUACACCUUGUACUGGGUUUGACUGUAGAACAAACAUCAUUUUGGGGUUAUUGUUCAUGCACAAUAAAUAAAUAAAUAAAUAAAUAAAUAAAUAAAUAAAUAAAUAAACAGCAGUUGGGAGUAUUCGACAGGCGGCGCUACAGCUUGACAGUCAAUCUUUUUGGCUCAAGAAUACUAGUAAACAAGUUAGGUGAGCGCCAAGAAGGAGGAAGAUAAACACGAGUCAAGUAGUUUGUGCAGGGGACGAGAUGUGUACAGCUAUGGCUCGUAAGACAAACGAAUAAAUAAUUAAUUGUAUUGCACGGUGCACAAAACAUUGAAUGAAAGCAGACUGGUUUAAAAAAUGCAAGAUUCCACGAGUUACUUUUUUAAGGCGGCUUGCUCCGCAUUAGACCUCGUAAAACUAGCUCUUACAGCGAAGAGGAAGGUUCGGAAAUAUUAAAGCAUUUACUUGAAGCAACCUCUGAAAUUAAACAGACGUUGAACAGCAGUUCUGAUGCUUCCCUAUCUAAGAAGCAACUGAACUCCACCAUAGAAGAGGGCAUUAAAACGGCCGUGGAGAGGGCUUUAUGUGAAAUAACAAAACUGUUUGACAACAAAUUUCACGAUUUUGAGGUAAGAGUUGCUGAAAAGUUAACCAUGUGGACCCGACUGGAACAGGCAGAGACCGAGUUUAAAUCAACAUCCGUCUGUAAGGAACUCCAGGUAAACAACCGAAGCGAACCGGGGCAUAACAACGGCUGCUUUCCUCACAUCUGAGAACGGUGCCUCGGUGCAUCACUGUGUGCCAACUGAGAACUACGAUUCUUCAAGAUCGCUUGAAGAUACCAAACAGAAAAGCUUGGUAAUUCAGGGAGAUGAAAACCAAACAAAUCCACAAGACAACGUACUGAUCUACGCCACAACUGUAAGCGGUGCGGUAUGGGGAAGAACAGGUGCAAAAAAGGGAAGUGCUGUCCACAUUAAAGUAGAGGUCCCUGAGCAAGAAUCCACCCACAUUAAAGAGGUCUCUGCACUGGAAUUUGAGUACGUUGUAACAGAAGAUUCGGAAGAAAAUAAUGGAUUCGCAGGAUGAGAACACAGGCAUUCACACCUUUAUUCACGAGGAGGGACGAUCCUGGCACAUUAAACAGGACAGACAAAGGAUAACUUCCAUCACUGAUGUACCAAGUACAGCUAGGACAAGCCAUUGGUUACAGGAUAAGGAAACUAUGUUGUAUUCCGAUUCUGGAGAGUCUGAGUCCUUCUCCUGCAGUGAUGAGGACUGUGCUCAAGAGGAUGGACUGGAAAGCUCCUCUACAGAGGCCUUUACAGACAGCAGUACGGAAGAUGAGAAGCCCUGUGGAACAGGGAAGAGCGGGCAACCUGGAAAUAAAUUGACCUGGAAAAAGGAAUUACCUGGACAAACACAACUGCUAGCACCUUUUCAUUUUAAUAGGACUCCUGGCAUGACCUGCGAAGUUGCAGACAAAAACUCACCACUUUCCUAUUUCUCUCUGUUCUUCACAGAUGACCUAAUGGCCAUGAUUUUACAACAGACCAACAAAUAUGCAGCAGAAAACCCACCAGCAAUGUCAACACCAGAGUUCCAGGCCAUUACAAUGAACGAGCUCUGGUGUUUUCUUGGCCUGUUUAUUGUUACAGGCAUCAUUCCAAAACCAUCUAUUGGUGAUUAUUGGACUACAGAAUUUUUAACGCAGACGCCUGCUUUCCACCAUAUUAUGCUGCGUAAGCGUUUCACAGACAUUGCUAAAAACUUACACUUUGUUGACAACCAUGACCCUGCUGCCAGGGAGGCUGGUAAACUUUGGAAGGUCUAUCCAUUACUGGAAUACAUUGGACAGAGAUUCAGGGAGGUUUACAUUCCGCAACGUAACAUUUGUAUUGAUGAAGCAGUUAUGUUGCACAAGGGAAGGCUAGCACUAAAGGCAUUUAAAUAUAAAUCACAGUUUGGCAUAAAAAGUUACACUGUGUGUGAAUCUGGCACCGGAAAGAGUGGCUACAUAUGGAAUUAUAAGGUGUAUUCAGGAAAGGAUACUGCUGGUGGUGCACUGAAGUCCCAAAAGAUUGUUUCCAACCUCCUGCAUGGUUUGGAAAAUAGUGGGUACACCCUUUGGAUGGAUCAUUCACAUUGCUCUCCAGACUUGUUUUUUGAGCUUCAAAGGAUGGGAGUAGAUGCCUGUGGCACAGUACUUCCAAACAAAAAGAACAUGCCCCUGGACUGCAAACUUCAGAAACUUCACAAAGGACAGGGUGAAUCCUGGGUGAGCGACACAGAGCCCAAACUUCAUGUUGUACACUGGCAAGGUAAAAAGGAGAUCUUCAUGCUUACAGCCAUCCAUGACCUUUCAGUACAGCAAACACAAAGGACCAACUGGAGAACAGGUGAAAGGCUGGUGAAGCCAAAGUGUGUGCUCAAUUUCAAUAAAAACAUCAGAAGUGGCAACGGGAGCGAUCAGAUUUUAAAAACCUAUGCUGUGAUAAACCAAAACCGAAAGUGGUACAUCAGGCUCUUUUUCCAAGUGCUGGAUAUGACAAUUACCAACAGUUAUAUUCUGUUUAUGAAGAAUGGGGGGAAUCUCACUGAUUACAAUUUCAGGGUCAAGCUCACUAGUGAGAUCAUUAAACAUUGGAAGGAAGUGACCAUAUCAACGAGGUUCUCUCACAGUGAUCCACCAACCCGUUUAGAGGCUGUAGACGCCCACUACCUAGUCCAAAUCCCACCCACUGCCAAGAAGCAAAAGUCUUACAGAGUGUGUCGGGUGUGCUCUGCAAAAGUGCGUUUUGCUGCUAAAAUCAGUGGACAGAAAAUCAAGAGAGGAGACCGAGCUGGGGCAAGAGAGACCAGAUACAUGUGUGAUAAAUGUACUGUUCCACUGUGUGUUCUACCAUGUCACCAAAUCUGCCACACACAGAAGAUAUAUGACAGCCCAUGCUCAGUAUAGUUGCUCUGAGGGGAUCGGUCACUGGUAACCAGCCUUCCCUCUAAGCUUUUUAGAUACUGAAAAACUUGCUAUAUUGACUGAGAAAGUUAUCGGUGAGAAACUUUUGGCGACGCAUUAACACUUUCAAUAUAUUAUUUUUGUUGCAUUAUGCAAUUUUGAAACAGUAUUCCAACACAAGUAUCUCAACAAUUUUACAAUUUGCUUUACAUUUAAACAAGACCUUGAAUUGCGACUGUGCCUCUGAUUAUGAAUCGUCCUGAUUUUAUAUACUGUAUUACUUCAAUUUGGUGCCGCCGUCGAAUUAAAGACGCCCUCAUAUUGACGUCGCAGUGAUAUAUCAGCUUUAUAAUAAGGUCCGCCCUCAAAUAAACGCCUCUAUCAAUAAAGAAAGACUAAGGUAAUUUUUUUCUUCCCCUACUAAAAAAAAAAACAGACAGUAAACAAAUAAAUGUGCAGCACUGACUAUGUACAUAUAUGUAACGCCCCUGAAGAGACAGGAGCCUCAAUCUAGCAAUUAUAUUACAAACUAAUGUACACACACAAGGUAAGCACAUUUUAUUUUAUGAA